AUGGAGGAAUAUGACCGAAAAAUGAUACGUAAACCAAUUGUUUUGCUUUUAAACAAAAUUGAUGUUGAAAACGGGGAAGAGAUUUCCCAACAAUUAAUUGAACAUUUUAUUGGCCCAGCUUAUAAUACUUCAAAUUGGACAAAAGCCCUUCCUCAAGAUAUUAAACCAAAAUUUCCAAUUAAUUUUAAAUCUGUCCAUGCAAUUAGUGCACAAAAUGGACAACUUGGAAAUUUACGUGAAAUUAUUGGAUCUAUUUAUUCAAAAUUACAUCCUUUAAAUAAACAAAAAUUUGAAGAAGAUGAAUUGGAAGAAAAAAGGAGAAGAAAAAUUGGUAAUAAAAAAUUGUUAUAA